AGACAUUUUUGGUGUCGUAAAAUCGGAGGAGACCUUCUCUCUCUAGGGGAAUCCAAGUGAAGGGAUAAUCUUUAUAAUAAUAUUUGCUGGAGACUUGAUCGUCCUGGGUUUGGUAGAAUCUCGAGGGUUUUGGUUUUAUUGAGCAAGUAAAGGAAGAUGCAGCAGCAGCAGCAGUCUCCACAAAUGUUUCCGAUGGGUCCUUCGAUGCCGCCAACUAACAUCACCACCGAACAGAUCCAAAAGUACCUUGAGGAGAACAAGAAGCUGAUAAUGGCAAUCAUGGAAAAUCAGAAUCUUGGAAAACUUGCAGAGUGUGCACAGUACCAAGCUCUCCUCCAGAAGAAUUUAAUGUACCUCGCUGCUAUUGCUGAUGCCCAACCUCCUCCAUCUACAGCUGGAGCUACACCACCACCAGCUAUGGCUUCCCAGAUGGCGGCACCACCGCAUCAUCCUGCCAUGCAACCGCCGAGCUACUUUAUGCAACAACACCCACAAGCUUCAGGGAUGGCUCAACAAGCACCACCAGGUGGUAUCUUCCCUCCAAGAGGUCCUUUGCAGUUUGGUAGCCCACACCAGCUUCAGGAUCCGCAACAGCAGCAGCAUAUGCAUCAACAAGCUAUGCAUGGACACAUGGGGAUGAGACCAAUGGGUAUCAACAACAACAACAACAACGGGAUGCAGCAUCAGAUGCAACAACCGCCAGAAACCUCUCUCGGAGGAACCGCUGCCAACGUGGGGCUUAGAGGGGGAAAGCAAGAUGGAGCAGAUGGACAAGGAAAAGAUGAUGGCAAAUGAAAAGAUCCAAAGAAUGCUUUUGUUGUAUUGUUUAUAUCUAGGAGGACUUGUGCUUUCUUAUGAAAGAACUCAAAAAUGUCUUUUGCAUUAGUUUUCUUGAGUUACAACACAAGAUAGACGGUGGAAUAGUUCCACAAACCAGUGUUGUAAUGGUAUUUGUAUUAUCUAGACAAGUUCGGCUUUGGUUUAGAAAAACAAACAUUAUUAUUCA